UGCUCUGCCCGUUGUGCUUCUGGAGCCUUCCUCUUUUAUUAUAAAAGCGCCUACUUUCUCUCUUCACAGUCUGCCUCGUGUAAUCUUUUUGUUAAUUCACUCGCUUCCUCAUUUCCCAAUCCAGAACUCUUCAUUGUUUUUGCAGUCUGUACACUAUGUAUCGUUUCGCCUCUAGCCUCGCUUCUAAGGCUCGGAUCGCUAGGAACAGCACGCAUCAGAUUGGAAGUAGACUAAACUGGAGCAGAAACUAUGCGGCUAAAGACAUCAAAUUUGGUGUAGAAGCCCGUGCCUUGAUGCUUAAGGGUGUUGAAGAGCUUGCUGAUGCUGUAAAAGUCACCAUGGGUCCUAAGGGGCGGAACGUAGUUAUCGAACAAAGCUUUGGAGCCCCCAAAGUGACAAAAGAUGGGGUGACUGUUGCAAAGAGCAUUGAAUUCAAGGAUAAAGUCAAGAAUAUUGGUGCUAGCCUUGUAAAGCAGGUUGCAAAUGCCACCAAUGAUGUUGCUGGAGAUGGGACCACUUGUGCCACUGUUCUUACUCGAGCAAUAUUCACAGAGGGAUGCAAGUCUGUUGCAGCAGGAAUGAAUGCAAUGGACCUGAGACGAGGCAUCAGCAUGGCUGUUGAUGCUGUUGUUACCAAUUUGAAGAGCAGAGCACGGAUGAUCAGCACAUCUGAAGAAAUAGCACAAGUUGGUACAAUAUCUGCAAAUGGAGAGAGAGAAAUUGGUGAGUUAAUUGCAAAGGCCAUGGAGAAGGUCGGCAAAGAGGGAGUUAUUACAAUCCAAGAUGGGAAGACACUAGAUAAUGAGCUGGAAGUUGUUGAAGGAAUGAAGCUGGACAGGGGCUACAUAUCCCCUUAUUUCAUCACCAACCAGAAAAACCAAAAAUGUGAAUUAGAAGAUCCUCUCAUUUUGAUCCAUGAGAAGAAAAUCUCUAGCAUACAUGCUAUGGUGAAAGUAUUAGAGUUAGCUUUGAAGAGACAAAGGCCUUUGUUAAUUGUUUCUGAAGACGUGGAAAGUGAGGCAUUAGCAACCCUUAUUUUAAACAAGCUUCGUGCUGGAAUAAAGGUUUGCGCCAUAAAAGCUCCUGGUUUUGGAGAGAACAGGAAGGCUGGGUUACAGGAUCUUGCUGUUCUCACAGGGGGUGAGGUGAUAACCGAAGAACUUGGCCUCAAUCUUGAAAAGGUGGAUUUAGAUAUGCUUGGAAGUUGCAAAAAGAUUACGGUGUCAAAGGAUGAUACAAUUAUUCUUGAUGGCGCUGGUGACAAGAAAGCCAUUGAGGAAAGAUGCGAACAGAUAAGGUCUGCGAUAGAGUUGAGCACUUCAAACUAUGACAAAGAGAAAUUGCAAGAGAGACUGGCAAAGCUUUCUGGAGGUGUUGCUGUUCUUAAGAUUGGAGGAGCUAGUGAAGCUGAAGUUGGUGAGAAGAAAGACAGGGUUACAGAUGCCUUAAAUGCUACAAAGGCAGCUGUAGAAGAGGGUAUUGUGGCAGGUGGUGGUGUUGCUCUUCUUUAUGCCACAAAAGAGUUGGCUGAGUUACAGACUGACAACUUCGACCAAAAGAUUGGUGUCCAAAUCAUUCAGAAUGCUCUAAAGACUCCAGUACAUACAAUCGCGAGUAAUGCAGGAGUGGAAGGAGCUGUUGUGAUUGGCAAGCUAUUAGAGCAGGAUGACCAUAACCUUGGUUAUGAUGCUGCCAAAGGUGAAUACGUUGAUAUGGUGAAAGCAGGGAUUGUUGAUCCUUUGAAAGUAAUUAGAACUGCUUUAAUUGAUGCAGCAAGUGUGUCAUCAUUGAUGACAACAACUGAGGCAAUUGUAUCUGAACUUCCAAAGGAUGAGAAGGACGCUCCAGGAAUGGCACCGGGCAUGGGCAUGGAUUAUUGAUGGUCAUCAUGAAGCAUCGGUCCUAGUUAGGAGUGAACAGUCACCAAAAUCCAUACGGGUCUUAUAAUAAUUUUUUUUUUCAAAAAAAAAUUUUUAAACAGAUCAUUGUCAUGGUCCAAAGGCAUCUGUGUAAUCAUAUUGAGGUCUGUAGGUAGCAAGUCCGGGGAUCGGACAGUUUCAAGAUAAAACUCAUCUCGAGUUGUCCUUUGCAGGGACAAUGUAGCGGCACUUUUGUCAUCCCCUUGAAAUAAAACAAUGUUACUGUUUUUGAGA